GCGUGGCCAAGAGGGCGGGGCUUCCAGCCAGAGCGGACACGCGGUUCGGUGAUCGGUGCGCCUUUUCUCUCCGAUCCGUGCAGGCCUUUAAACUACGCCCACACCUCGCGAUUCACGAUUCACGAAUCACCCCGCUUUUAACACACCCCGAAGCCACCGGACGCGAAACGGACCGACGGAACCCGUCACAAAUCGGCGCCAGCGCUCCCGGAAUACCUUCACGCCGCAUCUCAUACGGGACAUGACGCUGGAAGCGAUCCGGUACCGGUCCGGGUCUCUGCAGAUCCUUAACCAGCUGCUGCUGCCGCACGAGACCGUGUACGAGGAGAUCCGUUCGGUGCGGGACGGAUAUGAGGCCAUCAAGAGCAUGAAGGUGCGCGGCGCUCCUGCCAUGGCCAUCGUGGGGUGCCUGAGCCUGGCGGUGGAGCUGCGGGCGGGCGCUGGGGGUGACGACCUCGUGUCCUUCAUCAGGGACUCUCUGUGCCACCUGACGUCCGCGCGGCCCACGGCGGUUAACAUGGGCCGAGCCGCCCGCGAGCUCAUGGAGUUCACAGAGAAUGAGAGCAUGGAGAAAAACACAGAGCAGCUGAGAGACAGCGUGAUUGGCUGGAUUGAGGAGAUGUUGGAGCGAGAUGUGAACGACAACAAAAAAAUUGGCAACUACGGCGCCCAGCACAUCCUGUCCGGAGUCCCGCGAGACUCGGUCACCAUCCUCACGCACUGUAACACCGGCAGCCUGGCCACCGCAGGAUACGGCACGGCUCUCGGAGUGGUGCGGUCGCUGCACACGCUGGGCCGCUUGAAGCGUCUGUACUGCACAGAGACCCGGCCCUACAACCAGGGCUCCCGGCUGACGGCGUACGAGGCCGUGGCGGAGGGGUUCCCGGCCACCCUCAUCACAGACAGCAUGGCAGCACUCGCCAUGAGGGAGAAAGGCAUCACAGCUGUCGUCGUCGGAGCGGACAGGGUUGUUGCCAACGGCGACACGGCGAACAAAGUGGGCACGUAUCAGCUGGCCAUCGCGGCUAAGCAUCACGGGGUACCGUUUUACGUGGCGGCGCCCAGCACGUCCUGCGACCUGAGUUUGGAGAGCGGACGAGACAUCGUGAUCGAGGAGCGUCCAGCUGAGGAGCUCACCAGCAUCAAUGGAGUUCCUGUAGCCGCUCCCGGGAUCGAGGUCUGGAACCCGGCGUUUGACGUCACUCCUCACCAGCUGAUCACAGGCGGCAUCAUCACGGAGCUCGGCGUGUUCCUGCCGUCUGAGCUGCAGGCCGCUCUGACGGGGAGACUCACCGCUCUGUAAGACGCCUCUGGCACUCUCCUCAUGUUUUCACCUCACUGUGGUGGAAGUUGCACCUUUAAUUACACACACAAGCGUCGGCACCGAGGUGUUAACAAGGUAGACAAGGCACGUCCCAUUCAAUUCAACACUUACAAAGUGGAAUAACACCAUGUGACACACUUGUACAACCCAGGGAUGCUUGUAAACACACACACACUCUCUCUCUCACACACACACACACACACGUUCUCCUUCUCUCUGAGUGUACAGCUCAUGUCACAUCUUCUCAUGUCUUUUGUCUUCAUCGUUGUGAAAACCUUGGUUUUUCCACUCGUUUCUUCCCCUCUAUCUGGCUCAGCUCCAGUUUUUAACAGGAAGUGUUUCACAGAGAUGGUAAACUGUGUAGAUCAUUCAGAGUAUUUCAAAAUAAAAGUCUUACACUAAAUACGGGUCAACUGCUGUCCUUUCAAGGGGGAAUCUCACGAAACCUGUCGAGAGCAUGUCCAGGUCUUGUUUCAUCAAUGAGAAAAAUAUUUU